AUCCUCCCCAUCUCGACGCAACAUCCAUAUAAACUCGUCUUCCCCCCUUCAUUACGGUCACCGUUUUCUUCUCCUCAUCUCAUCCAUCAAUAGCUCUUUGGGUUUUGUCUAUUUUCCCUACUUGAACAACCAUCCUCUUGGCCAAAUAGGUCCAUCGACUUACACAUCUACCAUCACCACAAUAACAUCACAACCACCACCAUCCAUCAUGGCUAAGAAGGCUGUUCACUUUGGCGCUGGCAACAUCGGCCGUGGCUUUGUCGCUUGCUUCCUCCACAACUCUGGUUACGACGUCGUCUUUGCCGAUGUCAACGAUACCAUUGUCAACCUCAUCAACGAGACCCCCUCUUACCGUGUCAUCGAGGUCGGCUCUGAGGGCACCACCGAAAACACCAUCACAAACUACCGAGCCAUCAACUCCCGAACCCACGAGGAGGAUCUGAUCGAGGAGAUCCGCACAGCAGAGGUCGUCACCUGCUCUGUCGGCCCCAACAUCCUCAAGUUCAUCGCUCCUGUCAUUGCCAAGGGUAUCGACCGCCGAUCAACCGACGACGCUCCCCUGCACGUUAUUGCUUGUGAGAACGCCAUUGGCGCCACUGAUACCCUUGCCGAGCACAUCAAGGACCCCCGCAACACCUCCCCCGAGCGCCUUGAGGACCACCACCUCCGCGCCCGCUACGCCAACUCUGCUAUUGACAGAAUUGUCCCCGCCCAGGACCCCGAUGCCGGUCUUGAUGUCACCCUCGAGAAGUUCUUUGAGUGGGUUGUUGACCGCACUCCCUUUGAGGAUGUUGGCAUUCCCGACAUCGAGGGUAUCAACUGGGUUGACAACCUCGGCCCCUUCAUUGAGCGCAAGCUCUUCACUGUCAACACUGGCCAUGCCACCGCUGCCUACCACGGUUACAACCGAAGAAAGCGCACCGUCUACGAUGCUCUCCAGGACAAGGAGAUCAUGGCCGAGGUCCGAGGUGCCCUCAUGGAGACCAAGUCUCUGAUUGUCUCCAAGCACGCCAUCGAUGAGGAGGCCCAGGCCGCCUACGUCAACAAGAUUGUCAAGCGAAUUGGCAACCCCCAUCUUGAGGAUGCUGUCGAGCGUGUUGGCCGUGCCCCUCUCCGAAAGCUUUCCCGCAAGGAGCGCUUCGUCGGCCCCGCCGCCGAGCUUGCCGAAAACGGCCAGUCCAUCAAGUACCUCCUCGACGCCAUCGAGAUGGCCUUCCGUUUCCAGGAAGUCGAGGAUGACGAGGAGUCCAAGCAGCUCGCCAAGAUCAUGUCCGAGAACGGACCUGAAGAUGUUGUCAAGCAGGUCUGCGGCAUUCAGGACAGCGAAAAGAUCUUCCCCCAGCUUGUGCAAGUUGUGCAGCGCGUCCAGGCCGACAGCGCCGAGGACUAAGCAGUUACUUUGCUCAUUUUAGAAGAGACGGAACAGGGUCAGAACAUGGCAAUGAAUGGCCCGCGGCGUUACGAGAAAUGACAUUUUUCUUUACUGGAAGCAUGGCGCUAGGACGGAUUGGAUUGGAUUUGGGUCUUCACUUCGAAGUCUGCCUUGCGAGGCCACAGUUAUAGAUUGAUUAGGAGCAUGAAUACAUCGGUUCCUCAAU